CCAGCCAGACAUGGGAAUCGUCAGUAAAAAAUACUUGGAGACCAUCAUAGAAAAAGUUCAGAAAGCAACGCAGGUCAACCAAUGGCGAAAUACAUCUACUGUAAUUGAAUGGUUCAAAAAAACACCAACUGAUACAAAGUCAAAAUUCAUCAAAUUCGACAUUGUCGAAUUUUACCUUUCUAUCUCCGAAGAACUACUCGAUAAAGCAAUUAAUUUUGCAAGAGCUGCUGUACCAAUCGACAACAAAGUCGUCGAUAUAAUAAGACACAGUCGGAAGUCCUUGUUAUUUGAUAAAUCAUCGACUUGGGUUAAAAAAGGAAACGUUCUUUUCGAUGUAACAAUGGGUUCAUUCGAUGGAGCGGAGAUCUGUGAGUUAGUUGGACUAUAUAUAUUAAAAAAGAUCAGCAAAAUUAUCGAUAUCAAACAUGUCGGUCUAUACAGAGACGAUGGACUUGCAAUUAUCCAAAACGCCAAUGGACCACGAAUGAACAAAAUUCGAAAGGACAUCAUCACCUUGUUUAAGGAAGACAAAUUGUCAGUAACUAUCGAAACGAACUUGAUUGAAACAGACUUUUUGGAUGUAUCAUUUAACGUCAACAGUAAAACCUACAAACCCUACAGGAAACCCAACAACGAUCCGCUAUAUAUUAACAUUAAUUCGAACCACCCGAAUACUGUAUUAAAAGUCAUUCCGACGAUGGUCAAUGAAAGAUUAAUUGCGACAUCCUGUAACAAAAAAGCAUUUGAUGACGCAAAGCCAUUAUACGAAGCUUCACUCUCCGCCAGCGGAUUUGAAAGCACAAUGACAUACGCGAAUAAACCCAAGCAACGCCCUAAUCGCCAAAGGAAGAUAAUUUGGUUCAACCCGCCGUUCAGUAAAAAUGUUAAAACAGACAUUGGACGAUCAUUUCUCAAAAUUGUUAGAAAAAACUUCAGUAAAGAUCACAAAUAUUACAAAAUUUUCAAUAAAAACACCCUCAAGUUGAGUUAUUCAUGUAGCACAAACAUCCGAAACAUCAUAAAGGGACAUAAUAAAAAAGUUCUCACUUCCGAAGAAAGGCAAAAACAACAACCUUGCAAUUGCCGGGAUAAGUCCCAGUGUCCACUGAAUGGUGACUGCUUAGCUACAUGCAUCAUCUACAAAGCGGAAGUCAAAUACGUAGACAAAGAGGAAUUUUACUACGGCCUAUGCGAAGGCGAAUUUAAAGAAAGGUUUAACAACCACAAAAAGUCAUUUCGACACGAGAAAUACAGAAACGAAACCGAAUUGUCGAAAUUAAUUUGGAGAUUAAAAGACGACGGAACAGACUUUAAAAUAUCAUGGAGCAUUGAAAAACGUGCAACAUCAAGUAUAUAUAUAUGUUAUUUUGUGGGUGUUAUAUUUGGUUUCUUAGAUUUUGUUCUACUAUAUAUAGAUUCAAAAUCUUGGAAAAACAUUAUUUUUGAUAUGGAACUACAACAAUUAUGAAAGACAAAAAAUAUAUAUGCAACAAAAAAUACAUAUAUGCUACAAAAAUAAUAUGCGCAACAAAAAAGCAUGUGUUCAGAGCAAGCCCAAAUAUCAGUCUGGUCCUGUCUUUUGUGCAUUUAGUUUUUUGCAUUUAGUUUUUGUGAAGUUUAUUUCCGGAUGGCUGGUGAUGAAGGAGAACUGAGAAAGAUAAUCAGAGAGAAAAUUGAAAAUAGCAACAGAACAAAUAACACUCCACGUCAUAUAUAUCAUAGAACUCAAGGACUUAUUAAUGAUGCAGUACUCAGUUGCACUCAUGGUUUCAGAAGUAGUUUUUCACCCAGCACUUUAUCGGCAACAACAAGCUCCAGCUCACCAUCUGCUACUACUGCUGUGUAUUUACCUGAAACUUUUAAGAAAAAGCAAAAAUUUUCACCAGGACACCCAUACCGCCUUACAGCUGUUCAUUCAAAAAAAAGAGUGAUGUUACUAAGCUAUUGAAAUCUGUUGAAGUUUGGCUUCUUGAUGUCCAUGGAUUUGAGGAUUCAAAUCCAGAGGAGGAAAGACCUUCCUUUGGGGUGAAGAAGUGUAGUAGAAUAUUCUGCCCCCCCCUAGAUUAUUCUGCCCCCCCCCCGUAGUUGUGACUAAUUACUUUUAGUAGCAGCUAUUUGUCCGGCAAGGCAGUUCGGCAAGGAAGCGAAGGAAGGUUAGUUGAAUGUCAAAAAUAAUCUCUGACUUUGGUUUUUUAUAAUACGAAUUAAUCAAAUUGGUAUAAAAAAGGAGUCAAAGAUGUAUUCAAAGUUAAAAAUAGCCAAAUUCAUACUCUCUUAGGAAACGAAAAUGUUGACUGGCAGUUAAUGGCAAAGUUUUGGUUGUGGUCAGCUAGCUGCACAAGCUGUAUCUAGCUACCCUUGGUGUCUGUUUUUUAUCAGAGAUGUCUAAAUAUUGCCAUGACCAGAAAUUACUUUGCAGAAAAGCUAUCAUCGUCACGAACUACCAACUGCCCUCAGCAACAUCUGAAGCUACAUCAAGUUUGGUUUCUGAUGCAGAACAACUAGUGAAUGAAUUGCUGAAAGCUGAUGAUAG